CUUUAAUUGUUCAAACUAUCACUCUUAUUUAGAUCACCACUUUUCACUCUCCAUAAAGCUCUUCUUUCUUUCUGAUUCAUUGCUUCUCAUGGACUAUUUCAUCUAACAUUUCAUCAUCCAUCUUUAAUCUUUCAUUCAUCAGUGUGACAGGAUGGCGACGGAUGAAAGAACAGCAACAACAUCGGUGAACACAGAGGAAGCCUCUGACUCUGAGGGAGGGACGCUGAGCAGGCAGCCGAGUGAUUCAUCUCUGUGUCAAACUGAAGAUGAGGAAGACCUAAAGGUAGCAUUGGGUCCCAAAAUGAGUAUCAGACAACAUCUUGAGAUCGACAAGGAUGAUGAGAGUUUGAGGAGGUGGAAGGAGCAACUUCUUGGAAGCGUAGAUGCAAGCCAAGAAGUUGAAGAACCAGAUGUGAAAAUACUAAGUCUCACAAUCCUUACUGCUGAUAGACGUGAUCUUGUUCUUGAUAUCCCGGAAUCUGGGAACCCGGAUGGCUUAUGGUUUACACUAAAGGAAGGUAGCAAAUACCGCUUGAGAUUUUCAAUUAAGGUCAGCAAUGAUAUUGUCUGUGGCCUCAAAUACACCAACACUGUCUGGAAAACUGGUGUCAAAGUUGACAGCUCGAAGGAAAUGCUGGGAACAUUUAGUCCUCAAGCAGAGCCCUACACACAUGUAAUGCCAGAAGAAACUACCCCCUCUGGUUAUUUUGCCAGAGGGUCUUACACAGCAAAAACAAAGUUUAUUGAUGAUGACAAGAAGUGUUACUUGGAACUGAACUACACAUUCGACAUCCGCAAAGAAUGGCCUGAAUAGUUUCGGAAGACGAUAAAUUCAGGAGAUAAUGAGCCGCGUUGAUCCUUAUGGAGUGUAUAAAUUUACAUUGGACAUGGUGGAAGUCUAAUGAAGUUAGUAGGAUCACAGGAUGCAAAAAGUUUAUAUGUCUAAGAAGUUUCUAAUUUAAUUCAUAGUUGUUUAAAAUUGGAACUUUAGCAAGUUCAGGGACUUCUUUUAUCACAUUUGUUUCUUAGACAAUUCCUCUCUUUCAGCUAGUGUGUAUCUCAUUCAAAUUUCUUCA